UUCUUUACUGUGACUAUGAGAAACCUGCAGUAUGAAGACACUGGAGCUUAUUGGUGUGCUGUGGAGAUUGAAGGAAUAACACUGGAUGUGACAGAGCAGCUUCAUCUCACAGUUCAAACGGCUCCUGAUGUGUCUGUGGUGAACAGCAGUGUAUCUGGACAUGAAGGUGGUGAUAUCAGUGUUAAGUGUCUCUACAGUUCUAGAUAUCAGAAUAAACUCAAACAGUGGUGCAGAAUUAAAGAUCAGAGCUGUUACACAGUGGGGAGGACCGACACAUCCCAGAAUUCAUCAGUCCAGAUCAGUGAUGAUGAUGAUGGGAGAACCUUCUUCACUGUGCUGAUGACUGGACUGAGACUGACUGAUUCUGGCUGGUACUUCUGCUCUGUAGGAGAUCAAAAGGCUUUUGUUCAGCUUAAUGUCACUGAGCCAGAACCUCAAGCUCCUGAUGUGUCUGUGGUGAGCAGCAGUGUAUCUGGACAUGAAGGUGGUGAUAUCAGUGUUCAGUGUUUCUAUAGUUCUGGAUAUCAGGAUAAACUCAAACAGUGGUGCAGAUAUAAAGAUCAGAGCUGUUACACAGUGGGGAGGACUGACACAUCCCAGAAUUCCUCAGUCCAGAUCAGUGAUGAUGAUGAUGGGAGCUUCACUGUGCUGAUGACUGGACUGAGACUGACUGAUUCUGGCUGGUACUUCUGCUCUGCUGGACAGGCAGUGAGUCCUGUUCAUCUCACUGUAAUAGAAGGAGUAAGUGUGAGCACAGACGUCGGCGCUGAGAAGAACAGAUGGCGUUUCUGUCUGUCACAGAACUUUUCUCCGCAUCAGACUGAAAGAUCAGAUGAUUAGAAAACCGUUGAUAAAAAGAUUU